GGGACGAUGUUACAUAUUGCUGUAGUGUCACAUUGAACGUUCAGUUAACUGCCGCAAGUGACGGUAAGAACUGUGACAUCCACGUUAAGUCAAACAUUUUUAAAGAAAUUUCUAAACAAUGGCAGCGAAGGCAAUUCGAGAAGCAACUGGGAAGGAUUUGAUCAAUCGUAAGCUUCCUGUUGGAACAAAGGCAGCAAAAUGUAGAUUUGUACUUAUUACGGAAAACACAAACUGGAUUGAUACCGCCAACGAACAUCCGUGGCUCAAAACAGAAAGAUUAGUUGUUAAACCGGAUCAAUUAAUCAAGCGACGAGGAAAACUCGGAUUAAUUAAAGUAAAUGCAGAUUUAAGUACAGUACAAAAGUGGAUUGACCAGCACAUGAACAAAGAACAACGCAUUGGCAAGACAGUCGGAAAAUUAAAAACAUUUAUAAUUGAACCGUUUAUACCGCACAAAUCGGGGGAGGAAGCUUAUGUCUGUAUCUAUUCUCAUCGUACAGCUGAUACAAUAUUAUUUCAUCAUCAAGGUGGUAUCGAUAUCGGAGAUGUCGAUGCUAAAGCUUUGAAAUUAGAUAUACCGGUUGGUGGUGAGAUGCCUGAUCGAUCUACAUUGAUUGAUAGACUUUUGAUUAAUGUGAUGGACGAUAAAAAAAUGGUCAUUGCUGAAUUCAUAGAAUCUCUUUAUAAGCUCUACGUUCAUUUAUAUUUCACGUACUUGGAAAUCAAUCCAUUAGUGAUAACGGAUACCGCAAUUUAUGUUCUCGACCUCGCAGCCAAAUUAGAUACUACGGCGGAUUUUAUAUGUAAACCAGAUUGGGGAGAGAUCGAUUAUCCACCGCCAUUUGGAAGAGAUGCUUAUCCUGAGGAAGCCUAUAUAGCUGAUUUGGAUGCUAAAUCUGGCGCAAGUUUAAAGCUGACGAUUCUUAAUCCAGACGGUCGCAUAUGGACUAUGGUUGCUGGCGGUGGUGCAUCAGUGAUAUAUUCAGAUACAAUUUGCGACUUGGGAGCAGCUGGUGAAUUGGCCAAUUAUGGUGAAUACUCUGGCGCUCCUAGUGAACAACAAACUUACGAAUAUGCAAAAACUAUAUUGAGUUUGAUGACAAAAGCAAAGCGUUCUGAUGGGAAAGUACUUAUUAUAGGAGGAGGAAUUGCCAAUUUUACAAAUGUAGCUGCGACAUUUAAAGGCAUUGUUAAAGCUCUUCAAGAAUAUCAAUCUAAGCUAGUGGAAUAUGAUAUAAGAAUUUUUGUCAGAAGAGCUGGACCUAAUUAUCAAGAGGGCUUAAGGUAA